AUGGCAAGUAGUUUGUAUAAAUCAAGACCUAUUCACCUUGCGCCAUGCAAAUUAUAUGGAUAUAAAAUCAUCGACUGGCAAACUCAGUUGCAGCUGAUAGAAAGACUUUCUCGUCCGACCAUAUCUGUGCUACAAGCUCAAAUUCAUGCAGCCUGGCAGAACGCGAAUCAGUUACGCAACAAAAGUGUACCUUUGAAAACACCACUUGAAAGGGUAACGGUUCCAGUGCAACAAAUUCAGUCUCCUUCUCCGACAAGUCCUUCAGUAGGAAAACCGCUCAAUUCGGAUGUCAAACCAUUUACAAUCAAAAUCCUCGGAGAUGACUCAAUGGGUUCAAAACCUUCCGCACGUAGUGCCGACACCAAAAGUACCGACACACAUGACUCAUCUACAAAGCUGGUUGAUUUACAAUCGAUCACUGACUAUCACCUUGUUUCUGUGCCGUUGAAUAACUUAAAUUUGCAAUGGACGAGAGAAGUGGAUUUGUCCAGUGUCCAUCCGCCGUGUACUUGUCCUCGUGGUGAGGCGCUGUUUCGGGCAGAAAUGGAUCGAUGGACCGAAGCACAUGACUGUGGGUGUUCUGUUACUCGCCCGUCUACCCCUUAUAGUACAUGUACUCAUUUUCAAACUCGCGACCCUGUCGAUUGGCCCACUGUGCGUCGUAUUGUGCGUCGACUAAAUGACAAUCAAACAAUUGCCAGUGCUAUCCGACGAAAAGAGAACUCACGCCGAAAGCGAAGAUCUCCGAUUAAUCCUAUGACAGCACCAAUCCAACUAGGAGGUGUUUCAAAAAAUGACUAUCGUGUGCAGUCUCCUCGAACCAGACCUAGCUUGUUCAACAUGUCUGGUCAGUUUAAGACCCAAACUUACGUUGGUCGAUUUCAACGCGAACAUCAACUGGGACACGAUUUGAACCGAUUGUCACGUCCAACGACAGCAAGUAGUUUCAAACAACGCGGUCGAUGUCCGAUUUGUGAUCAAUCACCCGGGGAACGGACUGUUUUUGGGGUUGAAUAUUCCGGUUUCGCGGUGCACGAGACCAACCGUCUGCGAGAUCGAGAAGAAGAAAUACGUCUGGUGGAACGUGUCAGUCGACCGACCUUUUCCCAUUCGGCGGAUCACAUUCGUUGCAAACGUUCUCGCGAAUGGAUGGAAGCACCAACUGGUCCACUAGCUGCCGGGACCCGAGUGUACCUAAGUGGUGAAGCGAUUGUGCAACGCAUCACCCAAUCGGCCAAAUUUCUUCCGCUUCUCAGCGGUCUGCCGCGUAGUUCCAGUGUGAAUUCGAUCACGAGACGUCUCUACUCAGGAAAAUGCUCCCGUCCCGCGAAGUCAGCCCUGUAG